CAAAUUUGGUCUGCUUGUUCACAGAUAGAGAUAGAAUUUGUAAUGCGGGUUUAUUUCCUUCCGACUCAGAGAGUGAAGACAAAGAGAUUUGUCAAGGCAUGAUUGCAAUCAGUAGGAGUAAGACGCUUUUGCAAUGCUAUCCGGAAAAAAAAGUGUGUAAGUGUAACUUUCUUUCAGGAACAGCAUCACAAAUUUGUUCUACAUGACAGAGAAAACCUGUCGUGCGUGGCUUGUAAGGGAAAACACACAUGAAAAAAGGACUUCAUGGCUGUGUGGCAUGACAGGUGUAAACUGUUUUGCAUUUUCUGCAUCAGAGAUUUACACUUACACAGUUUUUUUCUUGCAUAAAUGCAUAAGUACAAGAAGGAAGCGACCAAGCAGG